ACGUCAUCAAGUGGGGCUUUGUUUUGAUCAGCUGGCGGAAGGUGUAAAAUAUUUUUCGUGGAUUUUUUGGAGAAAGUAGAGUGAGGGGGAGGAUUUUGUGAGUGAAAAUGUUCAGGUUGCAGGGAUUGUUAGCUGGAGGGUGGAACCUUGUCCGGGGAUUGCAGAAGAGGAACCUGGGGCUAGUACCGAUUGUCAUUGAGCAGACUGGACGGGGAGAGAGGGCUUAUGAUAUUUUUUCGAGGCUCCUGAAGGAGAGGAUUAUUUGUGUGAUGGGGCCAAUUGUGGAUGAUGUUAGUUCUUUGGUGGUAGCCCAAUUGCUCUUCCUGCAGUCUGAGCACAGCACAAAGCCCAUUCAUAUGUACAUUAACUCUCCUGGGGGGAGUGUCACAGCUGGACUGGCCAUUUAUGAUACCAUGCAAUAUGUAAAGCCACCGAUUGCGACUUGGUGCGUUGGUCAGGCUUGUUCAAUGGGUUCUUUGUUGCUGGCAGCUGGAGCUCCGGGGAUGCGUCAUUCCCUGCCCCAUGCCAGAAUCAUGAUUCAUCAGGUGUCAGGAGGGGCUCAGGGACAAGCCACGGACAUUCAGAUCCAGGCUGAGGAGAUUAUCAAACUGAAGAAGCUCCUGACCAACAUUUACGUGAAGCACACGAAGCAGUCGUACGAUCUGCUCCAUGGGAAGAUGGAGAGGGAUACAUUCCUGACUCCGGAGGAGGCAAAGGAUCUGGGACUGAUUGACAGUGUCCUGGAGCAUCCUCCGACGGCCACAGAGAAAGACGCAGAGGAGAAAGGGGAAUCGAGCUGAGGAACCUGAGCAGCGUGAAUAGUUGCAGGUGAUUUAGUUAUUUUUACAAAUCUUCUUUUUUUUAUAUAUUUGCAACAUUGUAAAAGAGGUUUAUGAUAAACGAGAGAUAAAUCUCAGGAGAGUGAGAUUGAAGUA